CUAUAAUCAAACUUAACUUCUUAUUUCGGAGGAUCUAAAUCUCAGCCAUUAGACCAACCAAGAGGUUACUAGUAUUUCGUUGGAUUUCUAAACUUCCAACGUUUGACUUCAAUUUUAGGAGGAGAAGGUUCUAAAUUCAUCGUUGGUUGAAAUGUGGAGCUUAGGAUUUAUUAUUUCGAUUAGGGUUUGUAUUCUAUUGGCCUUUGCAUCUGCGAUUUCUUCUCUGGAACCUCAACUCGGAUCAACCCGCGUCGUCUUUCAGGUUAUUGUGUUUAUGAAUGCAGACAAAUUAUGGGGAUAUUGAAUUUGGUUUCUAUCCAAGUGUUGCGCCCAAAACUGUUGACCACAUUUUUAAGCUUGUGAGACUUGGAGGCUAUAACACCAAUCAUUUCUUUCGGGUGGAUAAGGGAUUUGUAGCCCAAGUUGCGGAUGUUAUGAGUGGAAGAUCUGCUCCCAUGAAUGAGGAACAAAAAAGAGAAGCAGAAAAGACUGUUGUUGGUGAAUUUAGUGACGUCAAACAUGUUCGGGGUAUUCUUUCCAUGGGAAGGUAUGAAGAUCCAGAUAGUGCUGCAUCCUCUUUCUCAAUGCUACUUGGAAAUGCUCCUCAUCUGGAUGGGAAGUAUGCAAUAUUUGGAAAAGUUACUAAAGGUGAUGAUACAUUGACAAAGCUUGAGCAACUACCUACACGUAAAGAAGGAAUAUUUGUAAUGCCAACGGAGCGCAUCACCAUCCUCUCAUCAUAUUACUAUGACACAGAGACAGAAAAUUGUGAGCUAGACAGAUCAAUUUUGAAGCGCAGGUUAGCUGCAUCAGCCGUCCAAGUUGAAAAACAGAGAAUGAAAUGUUUCCCCUGAUAGAAGCACGUUGAAUAUGGAGUUGGUAAUGGAAUGAAUGUUGUAUAAUGUCUAAAGUAUGAUAUACGGUUACUGGUGUUUGUUAAUCGGUGUCUUUCUCUUGUUUCCUUCUCAAGUUGGAUAGCUUUUAUGCAUGGAUUGGAUCCACCAAAAUACACUCUUCCCUUCUUAUUUUGUAGGAAAUCCAACUGUGAAAAAACUUUAAUUAAUGAUGGAUUGUGAUUGGAGUGUUUUGUUUUUUA